GGGGCGGGUUUCCACUUCGCCUAAGAGCAUUAAGAGUGCAUUUGUUUGUGACAUUAGCAGUGUGCUCUGUCAGUGUCAUAUGGCCAGCCAGGGCAGAUUCAGCUGCUUCGGAGCAGAGACAGUUAUCAGUGUCCUUUCUGCUUUUCUCACCUCAGUCCCGGGCUGAACCCUGCACGGCGCGCGGCAAGCGUCGAGCUCUGUUCCUCAGCCCCCCUUUUGUUGAUGGAGUUCUUGCAGGGCAGCGGUGACUACUGCCACGCCCAACAUUGUGACGUCUGAGCUCAGGUGGUUAUGUCUGUGUCUGACUGCUGAAUGCCCAGAGGACCACCCUUCCUUCCAUCUUCACACUAGUCCUACUGACUAAAGACCCGUCCCCACACCAGAUGGGUUAGCGAGCAUUGAGGCCCAGGGCUAUCGGACUGUGCCCCACCUGACUAGCGUCAGCCCAUGUGUGAAUCUUACGGACUACAGCAUCCCAGAGAUUCAGGCAACUGUUUGCAUUUCUACUGAGAGAUAGCAGGAGAGACAGCAACCUCCAGAGGCCUUGCACUGUGAGAGUACAGCUACUGAAUCUCUGUUGGUGAGGCGGAUAGUGUAGAAAUAGUCGUAGUUUAUUUACCUGGACGACACUGGCCCAGCCCACAGUGUGGCUGGCUCUUGGGCAUGGCCAGGAUGAAUCGCCCGGCCCCUGUUGAGGUCUGCUACAAGAACAUGCGCUUCCUGAUCACACACAACCCAACCAAUGCGACUCUGAGCACCUUCAUUGAGGAUUUGAAGAAAUACGGCGCAACUACAGUGGUGCGAGUGUGUGAAAUCACCUAUGACAAGACCCCACUGGAGAAGGAUGGAAUCACUGUCAUGGACUGGCCGUUUGAUGAUGGAGCCCCUCCACCCACUAAGAUUGUGGAGGACUGGCUUUCUCUCCUGAAGAAUAAGUUUUGUGAGGAUCCAGGCAGCUGUGUAGCUGUUCACUGUGUGGCAGGACUGGGACGAGCUCCAGUGCUGGUGGCCCUGGCACUGAUAGAGAGUGGAAUGAAGUAUGAAGAUGCCAUCCAGUUCAUCAGACAAAAACGCCGGGGUGCUAUCAACAGCAAGCAGCUGACCUACCUAGAGAAAUACAGGCCUAAACAGAGACUGCGCUUUAAAGACCCACACAACCACAAGAACAAGUGCUGCCUCAUGUGAGCCAAUCUCAGCCGGUCUGCCAGUGAAAGAAAGGAAUAAAUCGUUCGUGGACUAAACAGGACUGAAGCCACAGAUCUAAUGCAUUCAGACUUUUGACCCUUUACUACUUGGAAGGACACUCGACCCCUCCUUAAAUCUAUGUGAGACCCUGCACUGCGGGGGCUUGAUGAGCUCAGGGCUGUGAAAGACGAGCCUCUAGAAUUUGUCUUUACACAUCUAUCCCAAGUGUUCUCAUAGAUGGUGUAGAUGUGCAACAGCAGCAGCAUGCACUCCAAAGAUGAUCAAUGCCAUCACACUGUUUACCAUACCACCAUCUUCAGCUCCUUUAGGCAGGGCUAACACGAGUGAAUGGAAAAUUACUGUUUUUUUUUUUUGUCUAUGUUUGUAUCUUCUGAAGAAUCAUGUACAGUUUUAACUACAGCACAGCUUCUCUCUUUCUCUUCUUUCGUCAUUGUGUUUUACCAGGCACUGUAGUCCCUCAUUCCUGUUCGUGAGAAAUGGGGAUUGACAGAGAAUGAUUUCUUUGUGAGAGCUGGAGGCUGAUUUUUACUAGAGCUAUAUUUUUUACAUGUGAUAUAAACUACUCUGGGACUCGAACACUGCACCACUAGCUUGGUCAAUGGACUCUAUGAGAGUGAGCCGAAUAGCUGGUAAGAUGCCGCCCCCACUCUGGAUAGUUUGCACAGCACACUUUUGCUACGUUUAGAUUAUAAAAGAUUUUCUGCAAGUUGCUUGAAAAUCAUGUCAAAGCUUUUUCUUCUCGUUGCUUAAGGCUUAAAUCAUUGCGUUUUUUACUUCGUGAAGUGUGAAAGCAGCGUAUUUCAUGCGUCUUGUCACCUGUUAGUGGGAAACAAAUAAAGCCAGAGAAGUGGAAUUGGAAGAAGCGCGUCAUUAAUCAGGGUGAAUCAUCACCAAGCUGUGAUCCAGGUACUGACACAUGGCUCAGGUCCUGGAACAUUUGUCAUAAAAUAUUAAAUAAAUGCAUUGUCAUUUCUCUGCCUUUUAAAUGAAAUCCACAUCUGAUUGUUCACGGUCAAUAAAUUUAAAGUAAUAAAGUAAUUUUUUAAAAUGUGA